UAUAGACAAAAAAGAUUGACAAAAAGUAAAGGUAACAGUUUUACAGACUCUAAGUGUUCAAUUUUAAACUUCCCCAAAUUAACAGAAGUUUAGAGGAUGACGCCACUUUAAACAAAAUCCAAGCUCCAAGAUGGUAAAGCUGUAAGCCCUGAUAGAUAUGCCAUCAAUUUCUAUGACAUUUUUUAAUACUAUCACCCCUCUUUACACAAAGUGUACAAUUACUUCAAGCAAACAAAGAUUGUAUCACCUACUACUGAGGCCACAUUGUCCUUCCCCAUAAAGAUGAAAAUCCAGGAAUGUGUACAUCUUCUCAUUUUUUUCCUUAAUGUAGAUCAUAAUUCUUAUUCUUAAUAGACUGAGAGCCCUCCCUUCUCCCUAUAGAUGGAUAUCAUUCUGAUUCUGUACAUCACUGGGCAGAGAGCAACAAUGUAAGGACAUUAUAUACUGCCCACAGUAGCACAAAACGGAUGCAUUCAUUCUAAGCCUUGACUAAGCCCUGGUCUACACUGCAAAUUUAUGUUGGUAUAACUACGUCACUUAGGAGCGUAGAAAAUUCACACCUGAGUGAUGCAGUUAUACUGACCAAACUCCCAGUAUAGACAGUGCUAUGUUGAUAGGAGGGCUUCUCCCAUCAAUAUAGCUUCACUAAGGCAUAGAGUAGCUACACAAGCGAACUUACUGUGGUGCAGCUGUACUAGUGCAAGCUCUAUAGUGUAGACAUAGCCUAAGUGUUACAAGGGCGCAGCUGCAGCGCUCUUAAAUGUAGAUGAGCCCUUAGAGGAAGCAUCUGUUAAUAUUUCCCCUUUCCUCCAUGCAAAUAUAUUUUAUAUAUGGUUUAGUGGAAAAUUAGGUAAGAUCACCAGGAUGGCAGUAAUUCUGCUCAUCCUCUUUUAUGGCUCACUUGGGAGCUUGGCUGUGUGUUUGUGCAGGGUAUUAAGGAGGCAUAAGGCCCCUCCUUAUUUCCCUGUUUGAGCAACCUGCUUUGGAGAUCCUGUGUGGUGGGUAGGGAGUAGAAGCCCAACCUCCCAUCCCAGUAUACCAGCCAGUACAGCUCAGCUGAUACAGAGGUUGAGCCAGGACCAAAUUGUGAGAAUCCCUCCCAUACUCCUGGGCAGUGCAGCUACAUGCCAUCCCUUAUUGGGUUGUUUCUAAGGUGCCAAUCCAGUCCAAAAAGAUUAGGUUUCUGUAUGUUCUACUUUCAUAACAACUCUUGGUCUCCUGAACAGUAGCAAUUUGAGUUUGGGCCUCCUUCAGCUGCUGUUUAAGAUAACUGGAAUUUGCCACUGAUGUCAACUGGAAGAGAACUGGGCUCUUUCUUUGAUUUCAUAAGCCUUUGCUAUCUAAGCCGUGGUCUACACUAGGACUUUAGGUCGAAUUUAGCAGCGUUAAAUCGAUGUAAACCUGCACCGUCCACACGAUGAAGCCCUUUAGUUCGACUUAAAGGGGUCUUAAAAUCGAUUUCCGUACUCCACCCCGACAAGUGGAUUAGCGCUUAAAUCGGCCUUGCCGGGUCGAAUUUGGGGUACUGUGGACACUAUUCGACGGUAUUGGCAUCCGGGAGCUAUCCCAGAGUGCUCCAUUAUGACCGCUCUGGACAGCACUCUCAACUCAGAUGCACUGGCCAGGUAGACAGGAAAAGAACUGCGAACUUUUGAAUCUCAUUUCCUGUUUGGCCAGCCUGGCAAGCUGCAGGUGACCAUGCAGAGCUCAUCAGCAGAGGUGACCAUGAUGGAGUCCCAGAAUCGCAAAAGAGCUCCAGCAUGGACUGAACGGGAGGUACGGGAUCUGAUCGCUGUAUGGGGAGAGGAAUCCGUGCUAUUAGAACUCCGUUCCAGUUUUCGAAAUGCCAAAACCUUUGUCAAAAUCUCCCAGGGCAUGAAGGACAGAGGCCAUAACAGGGAUCCGAAGCAGUGCCGCGUGAAACUUAAGGAGCUGAAGCAAGCCUACCAGAAAACCAGAGGGGCGAACGGCCGCUCCGGGUCAGAGCCCCAAACAUGCCGCUUCUAUGAUGAGCUGCAUGCCAUUUUAGGGGGUUCAGCCACCACUACCCCAGCCGUGUUGUUUGACUCCUUCAAUGGAGAUGGAGGCAACACGGAAGCAGGUUUUGGGGACGAAGAAGAUGAUGAUGAGGAGGAGGAGGAGAUUGUAGAUAGCUCACAGCAAGCAAGCGGAGAAACCGGUUUUCCCGACAGCCAGGAACUGUUUCUCACCCUGGACCUGGAGCCAGUACCCCCCGAACCCACCCAAAGCUGCCUCCUGGACCCGGCAGGCAGAGAAGGGACCUCCGCUGCAUGUGUUUCAAUGAUCACAGGAUCUUCUCCUUCCCAGAGGCAAGUGAAGAUUAGAAAGAAAAAAAAAUGCACUCGUGAUGAAAUGUUCUCUGAGCUCAUGCUGUCCUCCCACACUGACAGAGCACAGACGAAUGCGUGGAGGCAAAUAAUGUCAGAGUGCAGGAAAGCACAAAAUGACCGGGAGGAGAGGUGGUGGGCUGAAGAGAGUAAGUGGCGGGCUGAAGACAGGGCUGAAGCUCAAAUGUGGCGGCAGCGUGAUGAGAGGAGGCAGGAUUCAAUGCUGAGGCUGCUAGAGGACCAAACCAGUAUGCUCCAGUGUAUGGUUGAGCUGCAGCAAAGGCAGCUGGAGCACAGACUGCCACUACAGCCCCUGUGUAACCAACCGCCCUCCUCCCCAAGUUCCAUAGCCUCCACACCCAGACACCCAAGAACGCGGUGGGGGGGCCACCGGCCAACCAGCCACUCCGCCACAGAGGAUUGCCCAAAAAAAAAAAAGGCUGGCAUUCAAUAAAUUUUAAAGUUGUAAACUUUUAAAGUGCUGUGUGGCAUUUUCCUUCCCUCCUCCACCACCCCUCCUGGGCUACCUUGG